GUCCAGUCUGAUAACCGGACAUAUUGAACAAUAUUGGAGGUUAGCGUGCUGUGCUGAUAGACGACUGACACUGACGUUUUCUGCACUUCGGCGCAGCGUUUAUUCAUUUUUUCCUCGUCUCGAGUGUCCGUCAGAGUCGCAGCCCUGCAUUCCAAAAAGGAACACGAGUACUUCACCAUGAGCUCAGACGAUGGUGACAUGGAGAACCAGGCUGAGCUGGAGGAAAAGACAAGGCUCAUCAACCAGGUGUUGGAGCUUCAGCACACUCUGGAGGACCUGUCUGCACGGGUGGACGCUGUAAAAGAAGAGAACCUGAAGCUGAAGUCGGAGAACCAGGUUCUGGGUCAGUACAUUGAGAACCUCAUGUCUGCCUCCAGUGUCUUCCAGACCACUGACACCAAGAGCAAACGAAAGGUCACUAAGGGUGCUCGCAAGGACAAGUGAGCCACUGCCUUGAGUUCUGCCGUUUCACAGAGAUGGUAUUUGUUCCAAAUGAAAACAUAAGAGGUGUAUGUCAACUGCUAAAUGUACUGUACUAUCAUUGUUGCUCGUUUCAACAGGAGUAACAGGUUCGUCCAUACUCAGUUGACAUACAGCUCCUGGUUUCCCAUGAACAUCUUGCUGCCUAGAUCCAUUUUGUUCCUUUGGAGGAAAAUAGACAGAGAUCAUCCCAAUUUUAAGAUGUGUUUGGGAAACAAGACCUGAUCCAUAGUCUGCAGGCACAGGCAGUCAGUGAUGUAUACAUAGUAGUAGCUUUGCCCAUAGCCAAGGUGGAGACCAGAGGACAGAGUUUUAAGUGCAAUAGUGUUGACCUCAACACAUCAAUUUGGAUAUUCUGCUCCAUUCUGAGUGAAUGGCAGUGUUUGGACAGCCCUAAACUCUGGUUUCCUCUGUGGUGUCUUUAUGUCUUUGGCCUUGUUCCCUCUAUACUCCCUGUGUCUGAUAACAUAGUAGAGUCUUUAUUUUAGCUUCGGGCCCUCUUCACUCUGGUUGUACAACUGAUUGCUUAUGUCUAAGUCAUCCAUAUUCCUUCAGUGGAGUUACUGGUAUUUUUAUGCUGAAUGUACAGGUGUUAAACUGGUAUACUCGGUCUAACACUGGACUUCUGUAACAUCAAAUGUCAGUGUAAUCAGCCUCAAGUACGAUGGGUAUGAUGUUAUUUGUAAUUAUUAGUGUUGCAGUGAAGAGUUUGUGUUCCAUCAUCUACCUUGCUGUUUCACAGGCGUUUCCACCCUGCUAAGAAUAAAAACCUGGACGAAAACACUUAUUUGGUAUCAAAAUGGUCCAAUACAAAGACAAAACCCUUAGCUCUCUAAAACAAGGGGAUACUUGGCCUAGCAUUGCCAGAAUUUGUUUGAGAUCCAUAGCAAUGAAACCAGACUGAAGGUUGAAAGACCCGGCUGGGUUUAAGUCCCAAACCGUGUUCAUCCCUGUUUUCUUAACAUUUCACACCAGUUGUACAACAGAGCUAACAAGACCUACCAGACCCUGAAACUAGUCUUGAGUGAUUGUUGUUCUAGCUUGUCUUGGUGUUGAGAAUGAAGCACAUAUUUGAUGUAGUGAAUGUGCACAGUCUAUGUGAUUUGGCACAAACAGUAUUUGUGUUGUGAACCUGGUAACAUUUCACGCUUCAUGUAACGUUUCAAAUGUAGGCCUACAUAAACUUCACUGUUGACAUAAAAUACACAACAACAUGUUACCAGUCAUUGUUUAUUUGUUUAAACAAAAACAUAAUCAUAAAAUAAUAAAUUACUAUUCUUUGGA